AUGGUUCAGGAAGUUCUGGAGGAAGCAGCGGUGGCUCAACUAGCGGAGAUUCUGGAGGAAGCACAUCUGGCGGAAGUACAUCUGGCGGAGGAGGCUCUUCUGGCGGCUCAACUUCAGGAGGUUCAGGCACUACCGACGGCUCCGGGGGCACUUCUGACGGGAGUGGAGGUAGCAGUACAGGGGGCGGGAAUUCAGAAUCGACGACACCAACUUCAAGCAGCUCAGGCGGGACUUCUGGUGGCAGUUCAGGAGGUUCAACCUCUGGUGGCGGCGGCUCAACUUCAGGAGGUUCAACCACCGGUGGAGGCGGCCCAUCUUCUGGACUACUUUAACGAGUACAUUUACUGGAGGGCCGAGUUUGGCAAGUACGACAUCGGGAUCGAGGCUGGGACAUCUGAAGACACAACCACAGUGAUACUAACGACCCCAUCGAUAACCGGCACUUCUGGCGGCUCGUUAGGGACAUGCCUACCCCUCCUCGAACUCGACCUCACCUCCCUGCCCGACUCGACGGCCAUCGUGCAGCAAGACUGGAGCUUUGCCGUCAAUUCAAAUACCUCGUCCGCCAGCCCGUGCACAAUCACACAGUACACCUGGGCGCUGGAUGGACUCUCGAGUACAAACCACACCGCCGAAACGCUAUACCUCGCCCCUGGCCAGCAAUUGGGAAAUCAUAAUGUGUGUUUGACGGCCGGAUCUUCCGAAUAUGUACUAACAAAUGGCGUCCUCAGCUUUAGGCCGGUCGACGAGUACUUUGCCCUGGGAAAAUACCGCCUAUUCCUUUGGGCGCAAUCGAAAAGCGUCCCAGCCCAACAACAGAAUCUGACCAUCAUCCUCGACGUGGUCACCCUAACGAGCACCACCGAAAAACCUUCAACGACCGAGGCGUUGACUUCAGAGGUCACCACCCCGGAUUCAUCCUCUACUGGAUCAUCAGGAUCUGGAAGCUCGGGAGAUGAUUCUACGAAUACGCCUACUACUAGCACUACUACUACAAGCAGCAGCUCAACCUCGUCAACGACAACGUUGAGUUCUGGAAAAUUGACCAGCUCGACGACGCCGAAAGCUGGAACUUCAACUACAGUAGUCGAAAUGACCACUGAACCGCUUGAAGAUGCUUCGACGACUGGGAGUGGAAGUGGGGGAGGCAGUGGAGGAAAUACUGGUGGAAGCGGCAGCGGCGACUCGGAUGGAAGCGGAAGCGGUGGUAGCGCUAGUACAGAUGCACCGACUACAGAACAGCCGACGACGACGAUUUCAACAAGAUCAAGCAGUUCAGCCAUGUCCACGACGAGUGCGACGUCUUCGGGAAGUUCAAGCAGCUCGGCGAUGCCGACCACGACCGAGAUGACCUCGACGACGGAUAGCCCCUCGACCACGUUUAUCCAGAUUGUCACCGGAAAUGGGGAGUUGACCGAGACAACGACUGUUCUGGACUCGACGAUGAUCAUGGAUUCUACAACGACGACCGGAUCCGAAUCGACGACAGGAGAUUCUUCAGAAUCGUCUUCUACAGUGACGUCAUCUACAAGUACGAGCUCUACGUCAACCUCAACAGGUUCGACAAGUACGACGGUACCUGAUGGAGAUUCUCCAUCUCGAAACGACGAGACAACCUCUACUUCAACAAGCUCCAGCAGUAUCUCGACGAGCCUCCCGACCAGCUCAACGACGUCGGCCUCGACUUCUACUAUCCUAGACGCAUCUCCGACCACAUCUGAUAGCCCAUCUACCGUAGCCACAUCCACAACACUCCUAUCGACAGCUACCGUAUUCCGCGGAAUCACGCCUGAGACCCAGGAGGCCCUGGAUGAUGUAGCUGCGGGGUUGAAUGAGUUAGCAGCCGCUCAGAGCAACAAUCCCGGCACUCCGCUGGCCGAUGCUAUUGCUAACAUUACGACCGCCGCUCAGCUCUCCGCCUUCCUCAACAAUGUCCUUAGCGGGAAGGCACCGUAUAAUGUGAAUACGACCGACACCGCUACCCUGAUCGCGCAGGUGAAGGCGCAGAUUACGAACCGUACACAAGGACUGACGGACAUUGCAAGCGGGAUGCUUGCCCAACUCGUCAACGUCACCAUCCAAUCACCAGAAGAGCUGCAAUCGGUCCUCUCCUCUCUGGCCGACAUCCUGAAAAACAGCUUCACGACGUCGAUCUCGGGGACUUCAGGGUAUCUCGGCGCCUACCAAGUGCUUCACGGCACCAUCAUCGCCGAGACGUACACCCUGGUAUCGGCGAUGAGCUCGGCCAGAAUGCGUACAUCGUGGGCGACGUCCGCCCCGGGAUCCUUCAAUCCAGGACAACCCCCCGAAGCCGUCAAUGUGAUCAACGACAUCACCAAGCUAUCAACAUCAAUCCAAUUCCUAUCUGACACUGACGUCGACGUUGCCCUCGGCUCGUUUAUGAACACGUCCAUCUUCGAGCCGCUCUCGUUUUUCACGCUCUAUGGAGAUACUUCGAUCACAUGCAGCGACGGUACGCAACUAUCGACGACACAAACCGUACUGUGGAACGCUACCGUACCCCUGUUCUCUGACUCGGAAUCUGUUCCUCAAGAUUAUACGUCGAUCACCACAUGGCUUCCGAUACAAUCGGGCAGCGUCAGCGUACAGGCCGACUCGAAUCUGGAGUCGAAUCUCGUUGCCGGAACGCUGAUAAAUGCCACCAUGACUACCGUAACCGUCCUCUUCAACGACCAGCCCUGGCGGCCAAAUGCAGGUGCUUUCGCUGACAAACACGACGGCUGCAAUUUCGAUCCAGGGGUCCACGGUGGGGACGGCUAUUGGCUUCCGGACAUCUCCCCGGGCUAUGUGACUGUCCUCAACGGCACCUUCAUUCCGUUCCAAUCCUAUGACAAUCAGAGCUCUCUGCGCGAGGCAUUUAUAUCCGGUGCUGCUAUGCAAGGAACGGCUAUGAUGAACAUGGUCGGCGGUGACACAAAGAGCUACUCAUCGGUCUCGGUCAGCUACGAUGGGACGUCGCUGCUCUUCCAGACGAUCGAUGAUAAUCUACUGCUGGAAUCGGCCACGUUUACGUACUUCGCGACGUACAUCGGGAUCUCGAGUGGACAGAUUUCUGAAGGGGCUGCUGUGCAUGUUCAUACAACGCUGGAGGUCGGAAUUGGUCAGCGGAUAUUCAUCGACGACGGGCUGAUCGUGCGCAACGGGUCCGACGGAUAUGCAAUUAUCCAAGGAACGUUCACGACACAGGGAGAUAUUCAGCUCGGCGAUGUUUCCCUAACCACGGCGACAAUCCUCGACCAAUCGGCCCAAAAACAAGUGAUGGCCGUCCUGCAGAAUGCCGAAGAUUUUAUCCGGGCCAACGGCAGUUCGCUGACGCCUGAACAGCAGAGUGCGGUUGCCCAACAAUCCCUAUCAAUGGUCACCGACUUGUUCAACACCAUGGACGCCGCGCUGGCCAACCCGUCAGCGCAGGACCUGCAGAAUUGCCUGGCCUACGAGAAGCUCAACUACAACGAUAUUUUCGACGUGUUGCCCAAGGAUGCGAGUCAAAUCCGCUACGUCGACGAGUACACGGAGGAGGAGUGGGCCCUCGAGGCCACAAAACUCAUCCAGCAGCAAUUGGCCCGCCAAAUGGCCGCCCAAGUCAAAUCGAUGCUGUCUGCCGUCGAGGACAUGCUUGUGGCGACGGCAUUGAAAAAUGGCCCAUUACCUCAAUGUAUCACCCAGACGGGAGGGGGAAACACGCUGAAGGUGUGCCUCGGAAACGCGAGCGACGUGCUGGCUAACCCGAUCGAGUGCAACACAUGGACGACGACCUUCCCGAAAACGCCGGCCUCGCUGAACGACACGCUGACGGGCGAGUCGACGAUCAGGGCGUCGAUGAUUUGCUAUGUGGUGAACCCGUACAUGUACUCGGACAAUUCGCAGUACCUCAUCACUUCUGGAGCGCUCGAUUUGAGCCUGAAAGACUUGGAGAAUGGGACCGUCAUACCGGUCACCGAAGCCACGGAGCAAACCUCAAUCGUCGGCCCGUCAAACGCGACAGCUUCGGCGCAAGUGGAGAUGUUCACCGCCACCUUCCAAUCCUAUCAGAUUCUGGACAUCCACGCGUUCUACACGGUGCAGUGGAACACGUCGAUCGUGGUCGAGCUGCAGAUGCAGACGCUGAAUCGCCCGUUUGCAAAUGACGUCUGGAUCUUCUUGUCCUACCAAUCCCUGCCGGGUCCCAGGGAUGAAGACCAUGAUUUCCGGUUUCAAGUCAGCAGCUAUAGAGGCAAUAAUGCCUACUUCGUCGAGUCGGACGUGUUGCUGAACAUGACCGGGCUGUACUACAUUGGAGUCGGCGUCAUGGCGGGGGUCAAUUCGACCUCCAACGACACCGUACAAUACGAUACUCCGCCCGGAUUUACUGGAAACUGGACAUUCGAACGCAACCUCUACUUUGAUUACACCAUACGCGUCUUGACCAAGGGCUGCUACUAUUUCUUGGAUGCCGAAGAUCGAUACGAUAAUCAAGGGGUUACGCCAGGUACACCCCCUGUCAUCGGUGACGCCGAGGUUGGAUGCGCCACGACCCAUUUCACGGUGUUCGCCAACGGGAUCUACGCCCCCGAUGUGCCGGCCGAUUUCGUGUAUAGCUACAUCGAGAAGGGAUAUGUGCUGUGCUGCCACGCCCAAAUCGUCAUCUUCUUCAUGAUCUUCCACAUGAUGCUGCUCUACCUGUGCUUCUUGCGGGAAUACUUCUCAUACGAGUGGUCACCGGCCUUCAUCCACCCCCUUGACGACAACCACCGAAACGAUACGUACCCGUACGUCGUGUGCGUCGAAACGGGCUACGCCAUGUUUGCCCAGACGGACUCCGGGGUGUUCAUCAACAUCGAGGGGUCGGAGGGGACGGAGCUGAGGCGGAAGUUGUACACCGACGGAGAGAUCGUUGGGACGAAGAGGUUAUUCCGAUGGGGGCAUACGGAUCGAUUCAUUAUGACGACGCAUAGAAGUCUCGGCGAUCUCUCAACCAUCCGACUUUGGAUCGACCAUGAAGGUAUCGGCCAUCGAGAAUCCUGGUACUGUAGCCGCGUCAUUAUCAAGGACCUGCACGCCAACAAGAACUAUUACUUCAACGUUAAAAAUUGGUUCGGGCAACAGAGUGGGGAUGGAAAGACGGAACGCCUGAUCCCUGUCACCCCAUUGGAAAAGCGACACCGUUUCAAGGAGGCCUUCUGGAUGCACAACAUCGCCCAGCAGAUCAACUGGAUCGCCCAGUGGAGCGGCGGCGGUACACCAAAUCGACUCCGCGCCGGUGUCGACUACCACACGAUGACCAUGUUCGCCAUCUUGUGCAUCGGCAUAACGGCGAAUGUGUUCUCAACCCCGCACACGGCCAACUACACCGGGCAGGGCCUCGGGCCCGAGCUGAACAUCUUUGGCUACUUCUUCAAUUGGACGGAUGUUGUCGCUGGGUUGGCAUUGGCCCUAAUUAUGCUCAUCCCGUCAUUUGUGCUACCGGAAUUGGCGAGGGGUGUCUGCUCGUCGCCUGAGGAAUGGCAGAUGAUCCAGGUGCAGAACUGUGUGCCCGACUUCAAGAAGCCGCCCCGCUGGAACCCGCUUUGGACGUGGGGGCUGUUCACGGUGGGCGUGUUCGGCUUCAUGGGCGUGAGCAUCGUCGCGCUAUGGGGAGCCAUCAAGCUCGACGUGGAGGAGCAGUACUGCUUCGCCCGGCGCUUUUUCAUGCAGAUGCUUUUUUGGAUUUUUGUGACGGAGCCGCUGAAGGGCCUGAUCGUCUCCCUCUACCGCGUCUACUGCACCCCGGAUUAUGGCAUCGUCACCGACCCCGAGCGUGCCUACCUCACGCUGCACGGCGUCAUCGACAAGCCCGCAUACGUACCUCCCGAAAAUCGAGAACUGAGUCGAACGGUGGCAAGCAUCAACCGAAUCAAGGAAGUGAAAGACGGCAGAAUGCGUGACGAGCAGCUCUUCUCGACCGCGCGUGAAGUGAUCAUUUUCCUAUGUUCGCUCGGCAUUCUCCUCGGACUUACCUACUAUUGUCGCGACCGCAACGGCUUUUACUAUCAGCAACAGGUCAGCCAGCUGCUCGUGCUCGACCCGCAAACCGACGCCACCGGCUUCAUGGACAUCAACAAGGCGGAAGAUUUUUGGGUGUGGCUGAAUGUGACCCUAGCAACAGCACUCCGCGUUUCUUGGUACGACAACCAACCGGCGUGGGAUAUGAGAGGGUUUUUGAACGAUAAGGUCUCUCGAGCUAUGGGAUACGGCACGGUGCGGCAGGUCCGCUCAUUCUCCAACGUCAACUGCAAGUUUGCCGACCAGCGCGUCGCCAAGUAUUUCAAUGGCUGUGAGGGCGUUACGGAUAAAAAAUACGAGGUGACGGUCGGCGGGUACACACCGGGAUGGGGCGAAAUUCUGGCCAACGUCACGGAUGACAUGCGCAACAACGACUCGCUGGUCCCGUACAUCUAUCGGACGGCCGAGGAGCUGGAAGGCCGUGACAUCAUGGGCUACCACGACAGCUACACGAGUGCAGGCUACGCGGCCAACCUCGACGGGACUACCGACGAGAUGCAGGAAAUGUUUGGGCAGAUGAUGGUCGACGGCUGGAUCGACGAGCACACCCGGGCCAUCAUCACCGAAUUCUCCAUCUACAACGCGCAGACAAACUACUUUGCCGUUGUUCAGCUACUUUUGGAGAAGCCGCCGGAUGGUGCGAUUUACCCGUCCUACUGGGUCGAGACGGUGCGCUUACUGGAAAAUGGAGGAGCUGACGGAACGAUGUCAGGUUACUUUGAGUCGCUCUACAUUUGCUACGUGGUCGUCAUCACUAUCUAUCAGAUCAUCAGCAUCAUCCGAAAUGGCUUGACGCCGCUGCUGGAAUUCUGGAAUUUCGUCGAUUUCCUGACGAUGCUAAUCGCAUGCGCCUCCCUCUACGCCUACGCUUUUCGUUAUAUGGCCAUUGUCCAGGUCACCGAGGAGUUCAAAGCCACAAAUGGUAAUGUGUACAUUAACCUGGGAAAACAACGCGAUUAUGAGCUGUAUUUCACCUGGCUGCUCGCCUUCGUCGUGUUCUUCGUGUUUAACCGCCGCAUCUCCGUCUUGGCCAUGACGCUCUCGAAGGCUGGCGGUCAAAUGGCUUCAUUUUCCAUUUGUUUCGGCAUCGUCAACAUGGCUUUCAACUCGGCCCUAUUUUUGCUGUUGUUCGACAAGCUGGAGCGGUUCCGAAACAUGCUCUCCGUCACCGAGUCCGGAAUAUCUGGGAUGUUGGGAAAAUUCGAUUUGUCGGACAUCAUCAGCGCGUCACCAUUGGGUUCGGCCAUUUUCAUCAUAUUCAUGAUCACCGGCACUGUCAUCUUGAUCAACAUGUUCAUCAUGAUUGUCAUGUACGAGUUUGAGCAGGUUCGAAACGACUCUCGGCUCCAAACCAACGACUACGAAAUUGUGGAGCACGUUAUGCGCCGAGCCGGGCUCUUCAACCGCUCCGAUUUGCCGCCCGUGUCGUUCCCGGAUUCGCGGGUUUACUCCCACAAUAUUGACCAGCUCGAACAUGUCACCCCACUCGUCCGCCCCAACGACUUCAUCACGCUAGGCGACGAUGAUAGGCGCGAAAACAAUGUGAUCAACAAUAACUGGAAAAAGGGACGGCGCGGGAGACGU